AUGUCCCCGGUUGUCUGGUUCAACGAAGUUGACGCGACGCACGAAGUCGAUUUGACGUUGGUCGCUGCAAGAGUCCACGUCCACUUUGCAGAAUACCUGCCAAACGAUCUGGACGCAGGGCAUGCACGGACAUCCACUACCCAAAACAUUGUCAAGGAGAUGGCAUAUCAAGCUUCUCAACAACAUGGCCCGCUACAACUGGUGCGCGCCCCAAAUCGUCCCGAUUUCACUGGCAAGAAGUCCAUCUUCUUAGCCGGAACCACAUCCAAGACGGGAGAUGAGCCAGACUGGCGGGACAACUUGGCCAGACAACUCUCGCGUCUUCCCAUCACAGUCAUCAACCCGGUCCCACCCAACUGGACUGAUUGGCCAGAAGACAUAUCAUUCAAGCCCUUCCGCGAGCAAGUCGAAUGGGAACUGGACAUGCAGGAAAGGGCAGACAUAGUCCUAAUAUACUAUGGACCCAACACACUUGCACCUAUCAGUCUGCUGGAGCUUGGUCUCUGCGCGCGCACCAGCAAGGCCAUUGUGUGCUGUCACAAGGAUUACAAGAAGAGAGGCAACGUCCAGAUCGUCGCCAAGAGAUACGGCAUCUCGUUUUUGGAGAAUGAGAAGGACAUGGCGGCUGCCGUGAUCAGGAAGCUCGGUUCUUUGGAUAACUAGGCGUUGUCGGUAGUUUGGGCAUUCGGCUUGUUGGGCGCAGUUGGGCUGUGGGUGGUGUGUGGUAGUUCGGCAUAUUCGGGGGAUGCUGGCGCUUGGGCAGUGUACUUGGGCUGUAGAUCCUAUGAAGAACGUCUCUUGAGCUUCUGAAAGAGUGAAAGACUGAAAUUAAGCAACUCCGAAUCUGGACCCUGAAGUUAAUACAUGCAAGUUCACUCCAAAUCUGAAAUGUGAAAGUGG